ACGGCAAUCGCUCGUUAUCUUAUUUUUCUGUACGUUUGUUUUGCUGAAUGUAACCGACGCCAUGUUGGAUCGACAUGGCGGCCGAACAGCUCGGACGGUUUUGUUGUCGAUAUUUUUUUAGUUUUUCUGUAAUAAAUCAAAAUUCCCGACAUGUAAAACUCAGGGGUUUUGUAAUAAGAGCUGUGAACGACACUCCCAAGCAGACUGCUGGUUUUACAACACGACGGAGAGACGACAAUCAGGACACAGAAGUACACGUUCCAAUUGAUCACCUGACGAUAUCCUACAGCAGGAGCAGGGGUCCCGGUGGUCAACACGUCAACAAAGUGAACAGCAGAGCCGAGGUCCGAUUCCUCGUCCAAACCGCAGACUGGAUCCCUGCAGAUGUUCGGCAAAAAAUCUUGGAAAAGAACAAAAACCAAAUCAACAAGGCCGGGGAGCUCCUGGUGACCUCAGAACUGAGCAGGAACCAGCAGAGGAACCUGAACGACUGCGUGAAGAAGAUAGCCGCCAUCAUAGCUGAGGCUGGUGCCAGACCAUAUGAACCAACGGCAGAAGACAUCGCGCUUAGGGAAUCCAGGCUAGAGAGGAGGAACAAGGAGCGCCUCAAACAGAAGAUGAUUCAUUCAGCCACCAAACAGAGCAGACGGAUGGAUUUUGACUGACAAGGACUGUUUUUGUAUGAUUGUAUUCUGGAUUAUUCAGUAUAAUUUACAUGUCCAGAGUAAAUCAGAGUUCUGUUUUCUA